AUGCAAUUGCGAAAUGAUUACCUCUCUUCUCAGCACCUACAGAAUGGAGUUCCGAAUCAAUUGAGACUCAAUAAGAUUCUCGACCAACAUCACAGCAUUAGUGUUGGUCUGUUGGCCACGCUAUUCUGCACUAACAACGACCGGUAUCUGGGCCAGGCUCUAGAGGCUGCCGCCGUGGCAUUCAUUGCCCACAACCCGGCCCUGCUCGUAUGGGCCCUGUUCGUCGGGUUGGGAAAAGACCGGAGCCAAUCUCGGCUCGACAUUGCCAUAGCAGCCGUGCAUUCUGCUUUUUUUCACGGGGCUACCGCUACCCCUGAGCUAUGCAUAGAGUUAUGCUUGAGAGCGGGGCCGCACAUUCUGCCCCGAUUCAGACCCCUCGAGUUUUCUAUGUAUGUCUUUGAGAGGCUAGAGCAUGCUGUAUCUACUGAUUUGUCCAAGCCGGGCGCUCGCAGUGGGUUCAAUUGGGUCUCGUCUCGUUUCAAAGGAGGGUCUUCCGUCUCUGGGCCGCAACCGAAUAUCACUUUUGGGGGCAGUGCAAGGAAACGAAAACGACCCUUCAUUGGAACGCGGCCGGCGCGGACCAACGCUGCUAGAGCCGCCAAAGAGCUGCCAAAGCUGUCAGGGCUGCCAGAGUUGUCACGGACUCACGGUUUGUUCCCCUCUCCCAGAAAACGGCCGGCUUGGGCCGUUCUUGGUGCCAUGGCGGCCCAUGAGCCCCGUAUCCCAUACGCAGGUGGAAGAGCCGCCAAGCUAUCACUGGCCAGUGAUUUUGCAGUCUCGCCGCUUCUGAGUUCUCCUCCAGCCGCCGUUGAAAGAGUCGUUGGAGGCGCUGGAACAUGGACCAGAACCCUAGGGAAAGACAUUCUGCUGCCGCUACAGAUUCUCGGGCCCACAACCAAGCUUGCUUCGCCUCCCCAGCUAUGCCGAUUAUGUACAAAGUGCAACGAGGGGGACACGAAUAAGGGAGCGGCAAUGUCACUGACGGAUCGAGGAUACAACGAGGAGCUAUUCGACGUUGAAGGGGAAGAAUCCUCUCACUCGCUUCGCCUCUUCUUCCCCCCUCCCCACCUUGCCCAGUUGCCCCCUUCCACUCUUUCAGGGGACAACCGUGGAACCUUAAUUGGACCCUUUCGAGCUCAUCGGAUGAUUCUGCACCGCGUCCAAGUAUCGGGACACGCGAGGAAGAAAGAAAGCUUGAAGCUUCAAACGUCGCCAUCGUAG